AUGCCAAGAAGAAUUGUAUCAAGUCACCAACCAAUAACAAUCAGUGAACCAAAACCAAUUGAAACAGAAAAACCAAUCGAAGAGAAGAAAAAAACUGAAAACCGAACGAUAGUUGCUGGUGACUUUGAGUUGUUUGAAGAUAAAGGAAUUGAUACCAAAGUUAUUGCCCCUAAAAAACACACAACAACUAAACCUACAAAAAGAGAUGUUGCAGUUCAGAAAGAGGUAACAAAAUUAAUUGAAACAGGAAAAAUUUCACAAACAAAACCUGUAGGGCAUAAAACAAAAUACACGAACAUUUGGGGAGGUAACUCACAACAAGAGCCAGACUUAAAUAAUUUAAAAAUGCCAUCAAUUAAUCCAAAAAAUCCAAUGUGGCAUCCUGAAAGAAAGUUUGUCAAAAAAUUGACAAAUCAAACUCGUUAUAAAUUAAAUGGUGUUAUUGGACCAAUGAAAGCGAAGAAAUUAGCAAUGGACAAAAAAGGAAAAAAAUAA